GAUAUUACCAAGUACUCAUCAUGGGUAAGAUCCGGACCAAGACGGUGAAGCGCGCGUCUCGCCAGGUGGUGGAGAAGUACUUCGCGAAGCUGAACCGCGACUUCUACCAGAACAAGUGCGUUGUGAUGGAUGUCACCAUUGCGCGUUCGAAGAAGUUAAAGAACAAGAUCGCGGGCUACGCCACGCACAUCAUGAAGCGUCUGGCCCGUGGUCCCGUACGCGGGAUUUCGCUCAAACUCCAGGAGGAGGAGCGCGAGCGCCGGAUGGACUACGUGCCGUUAGUCUCAGCCGUGGAUCAGGCAAUCCGGGAUGGCAUCAAGGUGGACAAGAACACCUGGAUGAUGCUCCAGCGCAUGGAGGUGGGCGUGCCGCGCUACGUCUCACAGAACAACACGGUUGCCACCCGCCAGGUUCGCCAAAAGCGUAAGUAAAAAGCCGAUGAUGAAAGUUAUGCCGACGUAAUUAUUUGCUUUUAUUAUGUUCUCAUUCUAGAUUAUUAUUAAUAUUCUUUUUUUA